CGGUUGCGUGCUAAACGUUGUAUCGAAGGCGAUAUUGAGGAACGUGUACAAGGAAUUUCUACGAAACAAAGUUGUUUAUUUAUUUUAAUAUUAUACUAAACUCGAGUGCUAUAAAGUUUACAUUUAAAACGAAUAUAUGUUUGAAAGAAGCCGCGUCUUUUACUGAUAACGUCGAGUAACAUGCAGUGGGAAUGCUAACAUUCAAUUAUUAGUGUCCUUUGAUUUGUGUACAAAACGUUUCACGAUUGAAUUUAAUUUCGUGUCGUGAUUGCAGUCGUCAAAGGUGCAACGACGAAUGCAUUUAUUGAAAUUAUCAUCGAAUUUGUAAUCAAAAUUGUGAAAAUAUCAUCAGGAUGUCAAGUCCAAGGAAUAUGAGUGGUUCUGUUCGCGAAGGAACUCGAGUUGUGCUUCGAGAAAUCACUGCGUCUCUUCAUAAUUCGCCGCCUGUGCAACCUUCUCGCCACAAGAGUGGUGGCGACAACUCUACAUCGAAAAGUGCAGAGCAUGAGGUGAAGGUUCGAUUCGCUCGUGAGUUCGCCGACGUUGGAUCGAUCACCUACUCGGCUCCGGAAAGUCUGUCCUCGGCAAGCAGUUUCCAGAGUCUCAGCAGUACUUUAAGCACAAAGAGCAGUAGUGGAAUCUGUGCAGACUCCGCACCUCAGAGCCCCAACCAGGUUUUGGACGAUUCAUACGUGGACUCGAACAUAUCUGGUUUAGGAGAUCUGAUCGCCGGUUGUGCAGGGAUAAACUUAAAUAGCGAGGACGACGAUCAUUCAUACAGUACUCUCCAAAACUCUCAAGACUUCAGUCACGAUCAAACAUUCGCAUCUGCCACUGACGAACUAUCAGCAAAUAUUACCAAAGAUCUCUCUGAGUCUCCAUUGACUGAGCCUCUGUUGACUGAGUCUCGGAAAAUAGUGCAAGUUGUCGACGACAAUUCGACGCUGAUUAAUUCUACAGAGGAAAUUAAAGAAAUACCUAUCGUAGACACCAUUUGCAUCAAGGAACCUCUGCCCGUAGCGAUUAUAGAAUCAAACAGGAGGAAUAGUUUUAUACGAUUAGAGGGAAUAACAAGCAGAUCCUUUUCUGCUAAUAAGAGUAAUGAAAGUAGCGAUGAUCAUCAGACGAGUAAUAGCUCCGUGAAUAGCGUUGAUGAGAUUUCACUGCCACGUUGCAUAGAGGAGUCUAACUUAAAUUCGACUGUGUGUUUGUCACCUAAUAAAGAAGUCACAGAUGUUCUCAGAGAAAAGGAAUCCAGUUUGAUAGAGGAUAGCUCGAACGAAAUUGAUCCUUUGUCUGUCAAUUUUGUACCAUAUACUGUAAAUUCCGUAUGUAAUUCGACGUCUGUGUUCACAGAAUAUGCAGAAGAGCCAUCGUUGCCUAGUAUACCAACGUUUUCUUCUUUAUUGAACAGCACAGAUUCGGUGAAGUUGGGCGAAAGCAAUGCUCGAGAAGAUGAGAACAAUGUAGAAAAACAACUGGCAAGGUCUUUGUCUCCUGUGAAUAAUUCUAACAUAGCAGUAAUUUCAUCUCCGCAAAUCGCAGUGAAAAGUCCUAUUCAAGAUAAAAGCCAAGAUAUAAAUAGUAGUUUGACAAAUUCAUUGAAAUUUCUUAACAAUGAUGUAAAGGAUUAUGUAAAUGUUAUAAAUGACAAACAACAGACUUGUUUAGACGAUACUUCCUUCGUGAGGUCAAAAACGCCUGAGGUUCAAGAAAAUUCUGCUACGAAUAUUUGUCAAGAGAUUAGGAAGACGGUAAUAACAGAAAGUGUUGUUAACAAUCUCAAACUUGCUUCAUUACAAGAAGAUACUUUGAAGACAGAUACUAUUACUCCUAGAAAAGAAGAAGUAGAAACCAGUCAAUCAGAUAAAUCUUUUGACAAGAAAGUAGACGAUUUGCAGAACACAGAUGAUUUGUUAAAGGCAGAUGAUUUGCUAAAGACAAAUCUAAUAAAUUCGAUAAAAGAAAAUGAAAACGAGAAUGUAGAGGAACAGUGUUCUGACAAGAAAUUAGAUACCACUAUUAUAUUAGAGGAUAUUUCUUUGAUUUCGGAGACUAUACCGGAAGAGGAACUGUAUACGGAGUUCAAACCGCAACGACAGAGCACCACGUUAACUACGUUGAACAUCGAACAGCCGAAUUUCGAAGAACUGCAAUCGGCUGCUGAACAGGUUGCCAAUGAUAUUUGUAAAUCUUCAUUGGAAUUCUCAAGAGAAACCGAUUGUUUCAUUAGCGCGACAUCCGAAAUCUUCCAAGAUCCUUCGAGCUUCGAUUUUUUGAUAAAUCACGGCAAUUCGAAAACUAUCAAUCGUUUGAGAAGUGAGUCCUUGUAUGUAAAAUUUGAUCCAUUGGUAGCAAAUACCAGUAUGUUACCUCAAGGAAAUAUACAAUCCAUAAACGAGGAACAAAACGGCAAAAGUGAAAGCAUACCAGUUGAUACUCCUAAACGUAAUCCUGCCAUAGCAGCUAUAGAUAGGCUACUUUUUUAUAGUCCUAUUUGUACAAAUAUGACACAGAAAACAGAUGAACUUCAAGAAAAAAUGGCAAGCAAAGAACAGCCUGCAGAAGAAUCAAAAUCAGAUACUCCACUUAUUACCGAUGUUAAUAUGAGUAAGGAAUUAGAAUUAGUAAGGACAACUGUAUUACAGCUAGAAGAAGAACUAGAGAAACGAAAGAAAGAGUACGAAGCUGAAUUAGACAAGCAAAAGAAUGCUUUUCAAGAAAAAAUUAACAAAUUACAAGCACAAAUGGCACAGGAGAUAAAAAGUAAAUCUCAAAUGACGGUCGUAGUCGAAGAGUAUGAAAAAUCGAUUAGUCGACUGCUUACAGAGAGAGAAAGAGAUCGUACGAAUUUCGAACAAGAGAAAGCAAAACUCCAAGAGGAAUUACAAGCUACAAAUGUUCAUUUAAGCAACACAGAAGCUGCUUUCAAUGAUGUUCAUCAAAAGUACGAGAAGCUCAAAGGAUUCGUAUCCGUGUACAAAAGUAAUGAGGCAGUAUUGAAGGAGGGUAUUCAAGAAAACAUGGAAACAAUAAAAGGUUUGGAAACACGAUACGAUCAAUUGAAGAAUCAUGCUAAGACCGAGCUUGAAAAAGCUAAUUUCCAACUGGAUGCUAUACGAAAACAACAUGAAGAUGAAACAGUAAAACUUCAUGCGUUGGUACGGAAAGCGGAACUAAAGAGCAAUUCAUUGGCCGAAUUGGUUGAACAGAAAACUAAAGAAAAUAAGGAAUUAACGCAAAUAUUGGAUGAAGUGAUUGCAAGGGUGGGUCACCAAAACGCGGAAUAAAAAGCAGAAAUUGAAUAAGCAUCGCGAAUGCAAUGCAAUUAGUCUUUAUUUUUUUACUCGCCCCCUUAAACGUUUUAGAUACAACCAUAUGCUAGAUAUGAUUGAUAUAUAUGUACACAUGCGUUGUUUCUAAAAUUAUUAAUUGCAAAUUAUGUUUUGUUUCAGAGAAGCACCUUUUAUUAAUUAUUUAUAAGUUGUGAAAUAUAUAUAUAUAUACAUACUAUUUUAUCGCUAAUAAAAAAAAUAGGCAUAUUAAAAACAA